CCAGUAGUCGAGCCGAAAAACUGUCAAUCGAGUGAACAGGAUGGGGAAGGUCUGAGCGCAGCAAAAACACGUAAAGAUGUAACGAGAAGUUGUAAAAACAACUCUAAAAGUUAUCCAUGCCAUGUUUGGAGUUUACCACGGCAUGUGUUAAUAACCCAGAGAAAAGCAGCAGUUUGGGGCAGUGUGUAUUUUUCCCUGCGAUAAGAGUAACUAGACAUCGUCGGAAGAUGUCAGCUCCCAGUAACUCCCUUCAGCAGCCGAGGGUGAGGCGCAGCAAUGCAGGCUCUCCGGGCUCGUUCAGCCAGAGCAGCAGCAGCAGCCGCCUCCAUCCCAUCCGCGCAACCGUGCCCUACCAGCUCCUGCGUGGGGGUCCGAGCAGUCCCACACGGCCGCAAACCCUGCACGGAGGGGCAACGGCCAGCCGGGUCUCAAGCCCCCCAUCCAGUCCUCCGCUCAGUUCAGGAAGUACCAACGCAAAGCAAAUAAUAUCCCCUGAAAAUAAGGAGGCUUCAUGUCCCCCAGACUCUCCAGUUUCCAAAGCAGAAAGAUCCAAACUUCAAGUGCGGAGUUCUAGUGCCAUACGAAGAGCGUCUUCCUUGGACGCCAUCACAGGACCUUACCUCACUGGCCAGUGGCCUCGGGACUCUCACACACCCUACCCUUCCUGUAUGAAAGACAAAGCCACCCAGACUCCAGGUCUCUGGACUGAUGAGGCAGCUGAACUGGGAAGUCCUCACCAGCGGUCCGCCUCUUGGGGGAGCGCAGAUCAUCUGAAAGAGCAGAUUGCUAAACUGAGACUGCAGCUGCAGCGCGGCAAACAGGUCACCCGGCAGAGCAAAGACAGGGAGCAGAGCUCGCUGCAGCUGCCGCAACCGGCACAGCACAGUGCUGCAUGCCAAUCACAGUACAAGGGAACUUCAUCAACUCUAACGUCAACCCCGGUGCACAAGUCGCUCAUAUGCAGAGUGCCGAGCAGCGUGGAGGGGAUCAACCAUGAGCUGGAAAACGUAUUCAUAAGAGACGACUGGGAGCCUGGCUUGCAGGCCAUGGAGGCGGUGGAUGGCCGCCGCCCCCCCUUUCCCCCGCACCGCUAUAGCAGCAGUAACGGUGAUACACGUGACACAGACACCCAGGCCCCGUCAAGUGGUGAAUCAAGCCCAUCUCCCCUACCCUGCAGCUCUGACCUCCUUCACUCCCCUGAUGGAAGUCCCUGCUCCACUGAGGAAACGGAUAAAGACAACGGAUGCAGUUCUCCUCUCCCCAAAUUCGCCACGUCGCCCAAACCAAACAACAGCUACAUGUUUAAACGGGAACCACCAGAGGGAUGUGAGCGGGUCAAAGUGUUUGAUGAACUGGUCUCUGGCAAAUCAAAAGGCUUCCCUCUGUUCUCAUGUCCCGACAAAAACAAGGUGAACUUCAUUCCCAGGGGCUCUGCCUUCUGCCCCGUCAAACUCCUCUGCUCCUCGCUGUUCUCCCCCAUCAGCCCCAGUUUUCAUGUCAGCAGCGGCCACGCAACUCAGGUGACCCCGUCUCAGCCCACGGGGCCAGGAGCAUUUUUGUCCUCCCCAGAAAGGAGCGUUGACCUGAGUGUUAGCCUGAGGUCAAGUGUAGGCACAGGCGGCCAGAGCGCUGACGCAGGAGACGGCUCAGCACAUGUUGUCCUCACCAGCUGGUCCUCAGGUAUUCAUGACCAAACCACAUACAAAUAAAACAUUGCAACUAGCCUGGUAGUUUGGAAUGGGGAAAAAAAAGGAAGAAAAAAAAAAAACAACACAAAAAAAAUCACACUGAUAAUCCUAACCUUAGCCAGUAGGGGGUG